AUAUUCCUACCGCAACAUUGCAUUCUGGGACGUGUCCCCUGGUCGGGUUGUUGAAGUCAAGAUGGCUGUAAACACCAAACAGAGACUAGAGCAUGAAAUAGGCCUUAAAUGAAGUUCCUUAUUCAAUAAAAUCGCCCAUCACCGUCAAGAGCAGUAACAUAACGAUUUGUUGAACAUCUAUCCAAACUGUGGAGAAAGUGUUAAUUCAUACAGUUACACAGGAUCACGGGCAACUGCGGGAGAACGUCUCGUAUGAAUUCCGACGAGAGGGACUGUGAGUGUGCGCUACCACAGGCCGAGACAUCCCCUGCAGGAGGAUACGACAGAAUACAAGAGGAGUCUGACAUAGAAAACACGGAAGCAAGCCGAAUGAAGCGAGCAGCCGCCAAGCAUCUAAUAGAGCGCUACUACCACCAGUUAACGGAGGGCUGUGGGAAUGACUCCUGCUCGAACGCGUGGUGCUCCUCGUCCAGGGGCUCCCACCGCUUGGACAACAACGCAGCCGCCGUCAAGGCCCUGGAGCUGUACAAGAUCAAUGCCAAACUGUGCGACCCACACCCCUCCAAGAAAGGCACCACUAUGAACCAUUGUGUAAGGGACGACUUCAAAGAUGUGAAUUACCUAACAGAGGAGAAAGUGUAUGAGAUCCUACACAUCUGUGGAGAGAAGGAGGACUACUCUCCUCUGAUCCGGGUCAUAGGACGGGUGUUCUCCAGCGCAGAGGGCCUGGUGCAGAGCUUCCGCCGGUCCAAACCACCCACCAAGGAGGAGCUCAAGUCCCUCCAGAGCAAGGACGAGGACAAAGACGAGGACGAGGAGGAAGCGGCCGCCUGCUCCGCUGUUGCUAUGGAGGAGGACUCGCCCGGUUCCUCUUCCCGGUUAGACGGCGCUGCAUCAGGGGACAAUGAUGUGGGGAAGCUGGGUCCUGAUGAGGUUUCUGUGGACAUCGACGCUGUCAGGAGGGUCUACCAGAGACUGCUGUCCAACGGUAAUAUCGAAACUGCCUUCCUCAACGCACUGGUCUACCUGUCGCCCAACGUGGAAUGUGACCUGACGUACCACAACGUCUACUCCCGGGACCCCAACUACCUGAACUUGUUUGUGGUGGUGAUGGAGAACAGUAACCUCCACAGCCCAGACUACCUGGAGAUCGCCCUGCCCCAGUUCUGCAGGGCCAUGAGCAAGCUGCCCCUACCCGCGCUGGCCAAGCUGGCCCGCCUGUGGUCUCACUACAGUGCUGAGCAGAUCCACCGCAUAAUGGAGACCUUCCAGCAGCUCAUCACCUACAAGGUGGUCAGCAAUGAGUUCAACAGCCGCAACCUGGUGAACGACGACGAUGCAGUGGUGGCAGCCACCAAGUGCUUGAAGAUUGUCUACUAUGCAAAUGUCAUGGGAGGGGAGGUGGACACGGAGCACAACGAAGAGGAGGACGAGGAGCCCAUCCCUGAGUCCAGCGAGUUGACACUGCAGGAGCUGCUGGGGGAGGAGAGGAGAAACAAGAAGGGCCCCCGGGUGGACCCCCUGGAGACUGAGCUUACCAUCCGGACUUCCGACAGCCGGCGGCCCCUCAUCCCCUUUGAGGAGUUUGUCAACGAGCCCCUGAAUGAAGUCCUAGAGAUGGACAAGGACUACACGUUCUUUAAAGUGGAGACGGAGAACAAGUUCUCCUUCAUGACGUGUCCGUUCAUCCUCAACGCCGUGACCAAGAACCUGGGCCUGUACUACGACAACCGCAUCCGCAUGUACAGCGAGCGACGCAUCACAGUACUCUACAGCCUGGUGCAGGGACAACAGCUCAACCCCUACCUGAGGCUUAAAGUACGCAGAGACCACAUCAUCGAUGAUGCCCUUGUCAGGCUUGAGAUGAUCGCCAUGGAGAAUCCUGCAGACUUGAAGAAGCAGCUGUAUGUGGAGUUUGAAGGAGAACAAGGUGUAGAUGAAGGAGGGGUUUCCAAAGAGUUCUUUCAGCUCGUCGUGGAGGAGAUCUUCAACCCAGAUAUUGGAAUGUUUGCGUACGACGAGCGCACCAAGAUGUUCUGGUUCAACUCGUCGUCGUUUGAAAACGAGGGUCAGUUCACGCUGAUCGGCAUCGUCCUUGGCCUGGCCAUUUACAACAACUGCAUCCUGGACGUUCACUUCCCCAUGGUGGUCUACAGAAAGCUCAUGGGCAAGAAAGGAACCUUCCGGGACCUCGCAGACUCCAAUCCGGUUCUGUACCAGAGUCUGAAGGAGCUGUCAGAGUACGAGGGUAGUGUGGAGGAGGACAUGAUGAUCACCUUCCAGAUAUCCCAGACGGACCUGUUCGGAAACCCCCUCAUGUACGACUUAAGGGAAAAUGGUGAUCAAAUUCCAGUCACCAACGAGAACAGAAAAGAGUUUGUAGCUCAGUAUGCGGAGUACAUGCUGAAUAAGAGUGUUGAGAAGCAGUUCAAAGCCUUCAGAAGAGGUUUUCACAUGGUCACCAACGAGUCCCCGCUGAAAUAUUUAUUCCGGCCGGAGGAAAUCGAGCUGCUCAUCUGUGGAAGCAGGAACCUAGACUUUCAAGCACUUGAAGAAACGACAGAAUAUGAUGGCGGCUACAGCAGAGAUUCACGCAUCAUUAAGGAGUUCUGGGAGACGCUGCACUCGUUUGCUGAGGAGCAGAAGAGGCUGUUCCUGCAGUUCACCACGGGCACAGACAGAGCCCCUGUCGGAGGCCUGGGAAAGCUCAAGAUGAUCAUCGCCAAGAACGGCCCCGACACAGACAGGUUACCCACGUCUCACACCUGCUUCAACGUGCUGCUGCUCCCGGAGUACGACACCAGGGAGAAGCUGAGAGAGAGACUGCUCAAAGCCAUCCUCUAUGCCAAAGGGUUUGGGAUGCUCUGAGGCCAUGGCUGCCACACUGAAAGAGGACUCCUUUUCACAAUCUCCCUCCUUCCCCCAUAUCAGAAAAAAUAAACGAAAGAUGACCAACCAACACAAAAUCGUUCAAGAUUCGAGAUGAGAAAAGCCGAAAAUCAACACAAUGGUUAAUCUAAAGGUAGCGCACUCUAGUAGUGGAGUUUGUCUGCGCCAGAGUCCCGAUCUCUUGGAGCAGCUUCAUUGAACUUCAUGUGAUCUAAAGUACGUUUCAAUUCCCACGUGUGAAUGUGUUCUGAACACAUCCUUUAUCUUAUUUUAUGUACAGGGGAUUGUUUUCCCCCUUAAUAUUUAUUUUAAGGUUGAAAUUGGUUAUUUUGAUUCUUGACUGGAAUAACACCUUUUUUGUUGGGAAAGGGGAGGGCUGGGAUUAUUUAAUAAUCUGGAUUGUGACAAUGACGAUGUAGAAACAUUUUACCAUUUGUGAGACAGAAAAGGCUGCAUCCAUUCAUGCAUUGCAGUCCUCUUUGCAGUCUGUUACUUUGCGAUCUUUCGGUUGCAUCGCUGCAGUCAGAAGCUGAUGUGACGAGGGAAACCGUGUGUAUGUGUAUAUGAUGUCCUACCCCCCCCCACACACACACACACACACACCUUCCAUAUUAUUUAGCCAAUCGAACCAGACCCCAUUUUUCAUGGAAAUGUUUGGAACUUGGAAAGUAAUUUCAUUCUGACAGCAUCUUCAGAAAAUGUUUACCUUGAGCAUCUGUCCUGAAUGACACCCUAUUCCCUAUCUAGUGUUCUACUGUUGACUAGGGCCCAUUAGGGUGCCAUUUGGGACACAUACAUUAUUUUCGCCAUUGGAGCACUGAGAUUAGACUGAAACUUUGUCGGAGCUGUUGUAAGUGCACUUAGACAUUUUCAAAAUUAUUAUUAUUUUUUGGCUACAAGUACAUGAUUGUUCUCAAAAAAAUAUUUUUUCUGAAGUCUUCCUGUGUUGCCCUUCCUGUGUUGCCCUUCCUGUGUUGCCCUUCCUGUGUUGCCCUUCCUGUGUUGCCCUUGUCUAACCGGUAUUAUAUUGUAAUCCUCAGUACAUUUAUAUCAUCAGAAUAGCAUUUAUUCUGGUUGUCUACACUUCUAGAAGACCAACCCCAAAUAUGUCCCAGGUUUAUCUUCCUUUUUAAAAUCAAGGCAUUUUGUACUAAAUUAAAUGUCUACAGACAUUUGCCAAGUGUUACUGACAAAUCUUUGCUCUCCAGUGAUCCUGGAGUGAUCUAGAAGAUUUGUCUCUGUCGAAAAUAACUUACGACAGCCCUUUUAAAAAAAAAAAAGGUUAAUUUUCGAUUUUGGAAAAGCUAGCUGUGAAAAUUCAUUCAGCACUGGCACAGUAAACAGUUGAUUUGUUUCUUUGUCUUUUAGUUUCUGGACAAUUCCAUAGGGAUGUAAUCACUGCUUAGGAAUGUCAAUGGAUCCUGAAUCCUGAUGCCGUCUUUCAGUCAGUUGGGGCGUAAGCAGUCAGCCAGCUCGCAGUAAUGUCACUUUUCAACGGAGCUCAGGGCUGCUUGUGAAGAACCUGCCCCAACAAAUACAUUUCAGAUAUUGUGCCCUGAGCCUUCCCUUCCUCCAUCGCUUCUUUGGGUUUCUGCUGUACCUCAUUCAUUUGUAUCUCUGUUUUGUACUGCUGAAGUUGCUGCUCGCCUGUACAUUUAAAAGGACUCCAGGGCCCAGAGAAUGGACAACGUUCACCCUGAUCUUGGAAUUGAAGCAGUCAGUUUAUAGGUUGGUUUGAGUUAACUGCUACCUUUAAAAAAAAAAUGUAAUUGAUAAAAAGGCUUAAAAUCAAGUGUUGUGAAAACAUGCUAAAUAAAAGUGACUGCUUUUUUCCAA